AGUCGAAUAACAGUGCUUUAGGAUGCUGGAGCGAGGCAGUAGCGUAUCAUCAGGACCACAAGUCUGAGUGGGAUGGAGACACUGAGUGAGAUGUAAAUGGAGAAGCAGCAGUGUCACCAAGUGAAAUUGGACGUCCAUAUGAUUUUAAAGUGCUUUGCAUUAAAACACAAACAGCAUCACUUCUUUCUGAAGUAAUCCAUUACUGACAAUUAAUGUCAAACUGCACGCUGGAGCAGCUUCAUGCUGCCUUGCUGGGUGAAACAUUGCUAAUGGAAAGAAAGCCUUAUAAGAUCCAGCUGGUCAAAACACACCUAAAUGCAGCAUAAUGCCUUCAAAAGUGUCAUGUUUAUAUCUGUUGACAGUGGUCUGCUGGGCGAGCGCUCUGUGGUACUUGAGUAUAUCUCGCCCAACGUCCACUUAUGUUGGCCACAUGUCUGUGCCUAUGCGUAAGACUGCAAAAACCCCAAAAAACAUCACCUUCACCAACAUUCACACCCGCACCCUUAACCCACAUGCCUUUGAAUUUGUCAUCAAUGAGCCGAAGAAGUGCGAAAGUGCCGCUCCCUUCCUGGUCAUCCUCAUCAGCACCACGCACAAGGAGUUUGAUGCGCGGCAGGCCAUCAGGGAGACCUGGGGGGAUGAGAGCACAUUCACCGACAUCCGCAUCCUCACCAUCUUUCUGCUGGGCAGGAACACGGACCCCGUCCUGAACCAGAUGGUGGAGCAGGAGAGCCAGAUCUUCCAUGACAUUGUGGUGGAGAACUUUAUUGAUUCUUACCACAACCUCACCCUCAAGACCAUGAUGGGCAUGCGCUGGGUAGCUACCUUCUGCCCCAAAGCACAGUAUGUCAUGAAGACGGACAGCGACAUCUUUGUCAACAUGGACAAUCUAAUCUACAAGCUCCUGAAGCCCACCACCAAGCCAAGACGGAGAUAUUUUACUGGCUAUGUUAUAAACGGCGGUCCCAUAAGGGAUAUGCGCAGUAAGUGGUACAUGUCUAGGGACUUGUACCCUGACAGUAAAUACCCACCGUUCUGCUCGGGCACUGGCUAUGUGUUCUCAGCAGACGUUGCAGACCUAAUCUUCAAGACUUCAUUGCACACGAGACUGUUGCACCUGGAGGAUGUGUAUGUGGGACUGUGUUUGCGUAAGCUGGGUAUACACCCGUAUCAGAACAGUGGUUUUAAUCACUGGAAAAUGGCCUACAGUCUGUGCAGGUACAGACGGGUCAUUACCGUGCACCAGAUCUCCCCUGAGGAGAUGCACCGCAUUUGGAACGACAUGUCCAGCAAGAAGCACCUGCGAUGUUAGAGGACAUGAGGCCCACUGGACAACUCUUUUUUUAUUUCUUUUUCUUUUUGCCUUUUUCUCCUUUUCAAUCUUCAUCACACUGAGAAAUGUAAAAACAUUGAGGGCUGCUGCAAGUCUACAUCCUGACACGUUUUCAUUAACAUCCAUCUAUGUCUAUUUCUGCUGAUUACGCCUCAUGAUUGUUAAUGAAUGCACGAGGCUUGUAAAGCGCAUAUUCUCAUGCAUAAUUAAAAUGUGGUGUUUGUUACUGAAAGUAAUUUUGUUCAUGUAUUCCAGGUAUACAUCUAAGCAGAAUAUUCUUCAUCAUAAGCAUUAAGUCAAUCAGUAUUAAAGGAUCAGUGUGUAGGAUUUAGGGGCAUCUAGUGGUGAGGAUUGCAGAUUACAAACAACUGAAGCUUUUCCCAUGUGCUAAGCGUGAGCUCCUGGUUAGUAUUUCUUCAGUGUUCAUUGCUGAGGACGUUUUUACCAGGAGCCAAACUGUCCUUUCCAAAAGUAAUGUACCAGAGGUCUCAUUUAUAAACACUGCACAUAAACAUUACACGUACAAAAUGAGGCCUGAAAGAGGCAUACGCCACUUCCCAUGCAAAAAUUGUGAUCUAUAAAAACAGACAUGAUGGGAGAAACUUUUACCCAUGCUUCUCUCUGAUAACUUAAGAUUCAGACAUUCAUGAGGUUUCUACCAGGAGCAGAAUUAUCCGCAGAGGUGUCUUCCUCUACAAAACUAACUCACCAGGUGAUUAAAACCAGUAAACAUACUAUAUAAAGCAGUGUCAUAUUAAAAAUCAGUGUUCCUCCAACGCUGUUCUGUUCGUCACAAGCAGGCCACUAGACUAAGCACCUGCUAAUAUACGCUCACCUUUUUGCUCUGAUAACUUAAGAUUCAGUCAUCCAGGAGGUUUCUGUCAGGAGCCGAA